GCCACACAACUUCUCCUCGCCCCGUCCCAAAAACCUCCGGAGUCUUGAGUUGACCGAUCAAGCGAUCAGCCUCCACAAAACCCCAGAGAGAAGACAAGAUGUUCGGCAUCGGGCACCACGGCCACCACGGCCAGAACCCGCCGGCGCACCCCCCGCCCGGCGCCCCCGGCGUGCACCAGCCCACCUUCAAAAUCUUCUGCAAGGCCGACGAGGGGUACUGCCUCACCGUCCGCGACGGCAACGUCGUCCUCGCCCCCUCCAACCCGCGCGACGACCACCAGCACUGGUACAAGGACAUGCGCUUUAGCACCCAGAUCAAGGACGAGGAGGGCAACCCGGCCUUCGCCAUCGUCAACAAGGCCACCGGACUCGCCAUCAAGCACUCCCUGGGCCAGUCCCACCCGGUGAAGCUGGUGCCGUUCAACCCGGAGUACCUGGACGAGUCCGUGAUGUGGACGGAGAGCCGCGACGUCGGCAAGGGCUUCCGCUGCAUCCGCAUGGUGAACAACAUCCGCCUCAACUUCGACGCCUUCCACGGCGACAAGGACCACGGCGGCGUGCACGACGGCACUACCGUCGUGCUCUGGGAGUGGGCCAAGGGUGACAACCAGAGCUGGAAGAUCCUCCCCUGGGGCGACGAGGCCCACGCCGGCGGCAGCGCCGCCAACGCGCCCCGCGGCGGCGGCCACGAGCCCACCGUCCGCAUCUACUGCAAGGCAGACGAGGGGUUCAGCGUUACCGUUCGCGACGGCACCGUCUGCCUCGCGCCCACCAACCCGCGCGACGAGUAUCAGCACUGGAUCAAGGACAUGCGCCACAGCAACAGCAUCAAGGACGAGGAGGGGUACCCCGCCUUUGCCCUCGUCAACAGGGUCACCGGCGAGGCCAUCAAGCAUUCCCAAGGCGAAGGCCACCCUGUGAAGCUCGUGCCAUACAACCCCAACUAUCAGGACGAGUCGGUGCUGUGGACGGAGAGCCGCGACGUCGGGCACGGCUUCCACUGCGUCCGCAUGGUGAACAACAUCUACCUCAACUUCGACGCCCUCCACGGCGACAAGGACCACGGCGGGGUGCGCGACGGCACCAACGUCGUGCUCUGGAAGUGGUGCGAGGGCGACAACCAGCGGUGGAAGGUCGUCCCCUGGUAAAUGUGUUGUGCUGGAGCUGCAUUGGUCAUCACCGUGAUCUGGAGUUGGAGAGCAUCAGCCUCCUGUGGCCUGCUGCUGUGUUGCUAGAAUAAAAGCUGUGUGCGAUCUGUGGUGAUGGUGUGUGUGUGUUUUUAGUUUCAGUCGUGUCCUUCGAGUCGGUCCUGCUUCUGUGAGAGAGGGGAGAGUGACAGGGGUUCUUCCUUCUGGUGAGCUAUCUGAUUGAGCAUUCGGCAUUUGUGCUUGUUCUUCAGAGUUCAGACAUGGAGUGUACCUCUGUACUGUACUGGGAUCCUUUCUUCUAUCUAAAGUGGGUUUUAUCAUCCA